GGCUGUCAAUUGCCAGUGUGUGAGGACGAUAAUAGUCCGUCGUCAAAGUUGACUACACUUGAUUAUCGUAUCGCUGGUGAUGUUAAAAUUUGCACAAUAAUUAGAAAGAGUACACGGGUAAAAAGUAAGGAAGUAAGGAAGGAGUUUCACCGAUAUCUGGUGGGUUUACACAAAUUUCGACAAGGCUUGAGCCCGAAACUUGAGGACACUUCAUCCUAGUGAAGCAACGAAAAGGCCGAGGGGGCCGCAUGAUGCGAUCAUAUGUCUAGAAUCGGGAGAACCCAACUCUUGCCGUCAGCACAGGUGAAAAGAUCGGUGCCCACUGACUCGGUGGUUAAUUUCAACCACAGUGCGAAACGCGCGAGGCACCCGAACGGGACAACGGGAAGCAGCGCGACGGCUGGGCAGCUCGAAGAGAUUGAAAACAUGACCGACUCGGCGGCGAACACCCAGAAGAGGGCAAAUUUCUCGGCUCUGACUGUCGCCAGUCCGAAUGGGGUUAACAAAAUAUCAGCUAACGCAACGAACGCGAAGCCAGGAUCGGCGAAAAAACUGAUAAUAAAGAACUUCAAAAAUAAGCCCAAACUUCCUGACAAUUACCAAGAGCGUACGUGGGAAAAGUUGCGGGAGGCGGUCGUCGCCAUUCAGACUAGCAAAAGCAUCCGGUAUUCUUUAGAAGAAUUGUACCAGGCUGUGGAAAACAUGUGCAAUCACAAAAUGGCCUCGACUUUGUACGCCAAUUUGACAGAGCUCACCGAAUCCCACGUCAAGGCUAACAUCGAACAGUUUUUAGCAGAGUCUAUGGAUAGGCAUAUAUUUCUCAAAAAGAUGAAUGAGUGCUGGCAGUCUCACUGUCGACAGAUGAUUAUGAUAAGGAGCAUAUUCUUGUACCUUGACAGAACCUAUGUUCUUCAAAAUCCCAGCAUCUCAUCCAUAUGGGAUAUGGGGCUGCAUUUAUUCAGACUUCACAUAGUCUUAAACAACUUGGUGCAGACUAGAUCUGUCGAAGGAUUGCUUAUGCUCAUAGAAAAGGAACGCCAAGGGGAUACGGUGGACCGGACUCUUCUAAAAUCCUUGCUGAGAAUGUUGUCUGAUCUACAAAUUUACCAAGAAGCCUUUGAAGCCAAAUUUUUGGUGGCUACGGAAAGAUUAUAUGCCGCAGAGGGACAACGGCUUAUGAACGAACAUGACGUGCCUGAAUAUCUGGCUCACGUUGACAAACGUCUUCAGGAAGAGAAUGAACGACUGUUGCACUACCUCGAUACAUCAACAAAAUGGUCCCUGAUACAUACUGUAGAAAAACAAUUAUUAUCAGAGCACAUAACAAGCCUUUUACAGAAGGGUCUUAGCGGUUUGUUGGAUGAAAAUAGAACGAGCGACUUGUCGCUUCUCUACAAUUUGUACAGCCGUGUCAAAAAUGGCCUGAUUGAACUUUGCCUUAACUUUAAUUCUUACAUUAAGAAGAAGGGAAGGACAAUAGUGAUCGAUCCUGAAAAAGACAAAACUAUGGUUCAGGAACUGUUAGAUUUCAAAGACAAAAUGGACAAUAUAGUGAACACGUGUUUUCACCGAAAUGAGAAGUUUGGCAAUAGUUUGAAGGAAGCUUUCGAAGCUUUCAUAAACCAACGGGCAAACAAACCAGCUGAACUAAUAGCCAAAUUCGUCGACUGCAAGCUACGUGCAGGAAACAAAGAGGCAACUGAAGAGGAACUCGAACGAUUACUCGACAAGAUAAUGGUGCUGUUCCGUUUUAUUCAUGGUAAAGACGUGUUUGAAGCAUUCUACAAAAAGGAUCUUGCCAAACGUUUGCUGGUUGGAAAAUCCGCGUCUGUCGAUGCUGAAAAGUCGAUGCUCUCAAAACUGAAGCAAGAAUGCGGCGGUGGAUUUACUAGCAAACUUGAAGGAAUGUUCAAGGAUAUGGAACUUAGUAAAGACAUAAAUAUAGCCUUCAAACAAUACGCAGGCAAUCUCCAAAACGAAUUUUCGGCUAGUAAUUUAGAUCUCACAGUAUCUAUAUUGACAAUGGGAUAUUGGCCAACUUAUCCUGUACUAGAAGUGACCUUACCUGCUGAAAUGGUACAGUAUCAAGACGUGUUCAACAAGUUUUAUCUCGGCAAGCACAGUGGGAGAAAAUUACAGUGGCAGCCAACACUAGGACACUGUGUUCUCAAAGCGUGGUUCAAUCAGGGCAACAAAGAGCUGCAAGUGUCAUUGUUCCAAGCACUUGUUUUGAUACUAUUCAACGACACAGAUAAUCUUUCCCUUGAAGAUAUUAAAGCUGCGACAAAUAUAGAAGAUGGUGAACUUCGAAGAACUCUACAAUCGUUGGCCUGUGGGAAAGCUAGAGUAUUGCAAAAGAAUCCUCGAGGCAGAGACGUUGCUGACAACGACAGGUUCGUCUUCAACGCGGAAUUCACGAAUAAACUCUUCAGAAUUAAGAUCAACCAAAUACAAAUGAAAGAAACGAACGAAGAACAAAAAGCAACAGAGGAAAGAGUUUAUCAAGAUAGGCAAUACCAGAUAGACGCGGCCAUAGUCAGGAUUAUGAAAAUGCGAAAAACAUUGACACACAAUCUACUCAUCAGUGAACUUUACAAUCAGCUUAAAUUUCCAGUCAAGCCUGCAGACUUGAAGAAAAGAAUCGAAUCUUUAAUAGAUAGAGAUUACAUGGAGCGCGAUAAGGAUAAUGCAAAUCAGUACAACUACGUAGCGUAACCUCAACCCAACAUGAAGUUGAGGAUAGGAUUAUUCAGUUUAGCACUGUACAGUGCGUAUCGAGACGUGACUAUUAUUCACAGUCGCAAGUUAGGCUACAAGAUGUUGUUUUUGAACAAGAAAAAAAAUAAGUAAAUAAGAAGAGACGUAUAAGACCUCGAUGAGAUCAUUCAUCUCGGAAGAUGAAUCGUCGAUCUUAAAUCAAAUAUUUAAUUGGGAGAGCUCUUUAGUUCUAUCCAAGUUCCUACAAAACGUUUCUUGAACGUUUCUACAAUGAUUUGUUGUUUUUUUUUUUCACUUCUUUUUGAAGAACGCAGAACUGCAAACAGAUUGAGAUAAUAUCCCCCGAAUAUGUUCAAAAAAUAUGGAUCCGUUCAACGAUUUGGAAACGGUUCUUAUUUUUUUCACGUAUUGUUUAUCUAGAAAAUUGAAACUCGUAAUUUUCAAUUUUAUCGAAAUUUGCUUGUAUUAAUAAAACUUGAAAACAGCCUCACCAAACUCUUUAUGAGUUAGAUUGUUUGUUUUUUCGUCAAACUCUGAAGGGUAUAAAAAUAUAGUUUCUUUUACAUAGAAAAAAAAAAAUAUAGAAAACAAACAAACAACAAAUAACAUCCGUUCCACACAAUCUUCGAAUGUACAAAGUUUGCGAUAAAUUUUGUAAAGAGGUCAAAAUAUUUCAUUUGGAUGAAACAAAGACUUUUUUGUUCAAUUAAGUCUUUAUAGAUAACUCCUUGAUUUUAUUGGCAUACUUAUUAUACCGUGUACAGUUCUGACGAUGCGUAUUUAAACUCUAGAAAAUUUGGUUGAAGAAAUGGGCAGAAUAGAAAACAACAAACAAAAUUUGAAGU